AUGUCCGCCCCUGCGCCAGGGACGCUGUCCUCUGAAAGCGGGGACGAAAAAAAUGAGGAAUCUGCGCACGAUGAGCCGAGGUUUGCUCUUUCAAAGGAGCAUAUCAAGGCGGCCACCCAGCGCGAGCAAGAGAUGUCGAUCGCGACUGCGUUUCGGCUGUACCCAAAGGCUAUUAUUUGGUCCAUACUUCUAUCGACAGCUCUGAUUAUGGAGGGUUACGAUAUUAUCCUGAUCUCGUCCUUUUUCGCGUUUGACCCGUGGGUGACUCAAUUCGGCAAACUGCAGUCCGAUGGCAAACAUUCGUUAUCUGCGGCCUGGCAGUCUGGACUCUCCAAUGCAGCCACUGUCGGCGAGCUGAUCGGUCUUGUUCUGAAUGGAUUUGCUGCCGAAAGAUUCGGUUAUCGAAAAACCAUGAUCGGGGCUCUCGGUCUGAUCACGGCCUUCAUUUUCAUCCCAUUUUUCGCGACCAAUGUGAAGGUCCUCCUGGCUGGCGAAGUCCUGAUGGGGAUACCGCUGGGUGUCUUCCAGGCACUCCCUGUCUCUUAUGCGUCAGAAGUGUGUCCUGUCGCGCUUCGGGGCUACCUGGCGACCUACAUCAAUGUGUGCUGGGUGAUGGGUGAACUUCUUGCGUCUGGUGUAUUACGAGCAUUACUCCGUCGAACCGAUCAGUGGUCGUAUCGAAUUCCAUACGCUCUUCAAUGGAUGUGGCCUGUCCCCCUCAUUGUCGGCAUCGCAUUUGCGCCAGAAUCUCCUUGGUGGCAAAUCAGGCACGGUCAUACGAAUGAAGCCAAGGCGUCACUUCGGUCGCUUACAGCUCGGAAUGUCAAGGAUGCAGUUGACAUUGAUGCAACGGUGGAGGUCAUGAUGCAUACCAACAGAAUCGAGGUGGAGGCAUCAAAGGGUGCCACUUACGCCGAUUGCUUCAGAGCUCACAAUCUCCGGCGGACCGAAAUUGCUUGCCUGACCUCGAUUUGCGGGUGUAUCUCUGGCUUCGUUUUGAUGAGCUUCUCUGCAUAUUUCUUCGAGCAGGCCGGAAUGGACCCUUCGAAUGCAUUUGACAUUACCAUGGCACAGUAUGCGAUCGGGAUUGUGGGAAUACUACUUGCAUGGCUGCUCAUGAUACGCGCCGGUCGCCGGCACCUAUACGUUUCCGGCCUCUUUCUACAGUUUUGGGUCCUUCUUGGGGUAGGAAUUACGGGGACCGUCGGCCCAGACAAUCAUGCAGCUCCCUGGGGAUCAGCUGCGUUGCUAAUAUUAUUUUCCCUGAUCUACCAGUCCACCGUGGGACCUACCCUCUAUGCAAUAAUUUCGGAGAUUUCCAGUGUUCGACUGCGAGCCAAAACUGUCAGCCUGUCCUGGAAUGUGUACAACAUUGCCAAAAUCGUCUGCUAUGUGCUUGUUCCAUACAUGAUGAAUCCGACUGCCUGGAACUGGAAAGCGAAAUCGGGCUUCUUCUGGGCGGGUGUUUGUCUCCUUUGCUUCAUCUGGUCUUUCUUCCGUCUGCCGGAGACCAAAGGGAGAACCUACGCCGAGAUUGACAUUUUGUUCGAACAAAGGGUUAGUGCGAGGAAGUUUGCGACUACUUCGGUAGAUCUUUUCUCGCGCGAGCCUCAUGCCGAGCUUCUUGCAUCGUGA